AAGCUCGUCUCUGCAACCAAGGAAGGUCUGAAACUGGAAGAGUCAGAAGACGAGAAGAAGAAAAAGGAGGAGUUAAAGGAGAAGUUUGAAGGACUCUGCAAAGUCAUCAAGGAUGUGCUUCGAGACAAGGUCGAGAAGGUUAUAGUCUCUGACCGUGUUGUGGACUCACCAUGCUGUCUGGUAACAGGUGAAUAUGGAUGGACUGCAAACAUGGAGAGGAUCAUGAAAGCGCAGGCUUUGAGAAACAGCAGCAUGGCUGGGUACAUGUCGAGCAAGAAGACAAUGGAGAUCAAUCCAGAGAAUGCGAUCAUGGACGAGCUGAGGAAAAGAGCUGAAGCUGAUAAGAACGACAAUUCUGUGAAGGCUCUUGUGCUUCUCCUCUUUGAGACUUCUCUUCUCACAUCUGGAUUUAGCUUAGAUGAGCCAAACACUUUCGGGAGCAGAAUUCACAGGAUGUUGAAGCUUGGACUGAGCAUUGAUGAUGAUGAUGUUGUUGAAGCGAUGCAGAGAUGCCUCCCCUUGAAGAUGAUGCCGAUGCUGAAGGUAGCAAGAUGCCAAGAUGGAGGAAGUUGA